AAUGAGACAAGAAUCGACCCACGGUCAGUACGUUGCGGAGCCGGAGCACGUGAGCGUGCACACGGUGAACACUGAGGGUUCGAGUUUCACGCCUCCAGGUGACGGAGGGCAACAGCAGAAUCAACCUGAGCCGGCGGGACAGCCACCAGCUUUACCACCGCCAGUCGUACCACCUCCAGUGAUGCCACCGUUGGCGAUACCGCCGGUGGCCUACGAGCAGAUGUUCCCGGCCAUGAUGGCCCAUUAUAUGCAGCACAUGGCGCAGCUUAUGCCCAUGUUCCAGCCACCGCCACCACCACAGCCGCAGCCGCGCAUCAUGGACCGGGUACUCAAGAAUUUGAGAGUCCCAGAUGCUGAUCGCUCGGAGUUAGCGUCACAGAUGUUCUGGAAGGGAGCAUAUGAUUGGUGGAAGCGCAUUGACCAGGAUCCACACACGCCCAAGCCUUGGACCUGGGAUCGCUUUGAUCGAGCCUUCACAAAGGAGUACGUCCCCACCGGGUACCGCGAGGAGAGGCGCGAUCAGUUCGUUGCGCUUAAGCAGGAGGGGAUGUCACUGCCUGAACUGAGACAGAAGUUCGACUACCUGUCCCAGUAUGCGACGAGUCUGGUCUCCACUCCGGAGGAUCGUUUGAAUGAGUUCGUCAAGAAGCUACGGCCGGACUUGAGGCCGUUCGCCGCGCUGAUCAUGACGAUAGAUUUUAAUGCGGCGUAUGAUUUGAUUGUGAAGACGGAAAAGAGCUUGGACGAUUUGCAGGCAACCAAGAAGGAGGAUCGAGCGACGAAAGACCCGCGACCCGCGGCCAGCACCGGGCCGAGCGGGAAGAGUUUUGGAUUCGGGGGAAAGAGGUACGAGAAGGGUUCUUCGAGUGCGCCGCCGCCUAAGAGGAGGAAGCAAUUCCCUGCAGAUUUGAUAGAGCUACCACACAAGGAGUUUGACAUUAUCCUUGGUAUGGAUUGGCUCACCGAGCAUAGAGCAGUGGUCGACUGCAGUUGUCGGACCGUACGGCUGAGAGCCGAGGACGGUAGCGACGUAUCACUCUCCGGGGAGGUGUUCCCCAAGACUCCCGAGUUCAUAUCGUCCUUGAGCGCGAGGCGCUUGAUUCGCAAGAAGUGCGAGAUGUUCCUGUGUCACGUUCAGGAUAUGCGAAAAGAAUCACCACGUCAGCCGAACAUUCGUACGGUUUGCGACUUCCCCGAUGUCUUUCCCGAAGACCUACCUGGUUUGCCUCCGCCGAGAGAGGUAGAGUUCUCGAUCAAUCUCAUUCCGGGAAAUAAUUUUGUGAUCGCGUCGGUUCAGACGGCUCGCGAAUCGGAGUUAUGGAGCUCAUGUUAUGACCAUUUAAUCAGAAUGAGUCAAGAAUCGACCCACGGUCAGUACGUUGCGGAGCCGGAGCACGUGAGCGUGCACACGGUGAACACCGAGGGUUCGAGUUUCACGCCUCCAGGUGACGGAGGGCAACAGCAGAAUCAACCUGAGCCGGCGGGACAGCCACCAGCUUUACCACCGCCAGUCGUACCACCUCCAGUGAUGCCACCGUUGGCGAUACCGCCGGUGGCCUACGAGCAGAUGUUCCCGGCCAUGAUGGCCCAUUAUAUGCAGCACAUGGCGCAGCUUAUGCCCAUGUUCCAGCCACCGCCACCACCACAGCCGCAGCCGCGCAUCGUUACCUUCAAGACGUUGUUUUUCUUUUUGCUGUCCGUAGGAAAUAUUUUUGUGAUCGCGUCAGUUCAGACGGCUCGCGAAUCGGAGUUAUGGAGCUCAUGUUAUGACCAUUUAAUCAGCGCCGUUCGACCUCCGCCUCCUCGCCGCACCACUGCUGCCUUUCCUUCACCGGAAGUCCGUCGCCCACUACCAGGGUCAGCGCCGCCGACGACGGUCUCCCAUCGCCGCUGUCCUUCGCCAGUAGCCGCCGCUCCUUGUCGGCGUCCAAUUGGAGCAGCCAGCCGCCGGCGUCGCCGCUCAUCGCCGGUCGCCCUUCCACAGCCAAUCACCGUCGCCGAGCCUCCAGCCGCUGUUUCACCUUCGCCGGAAAUCCGCCAUCAUCGCCGACGAAUUGCAGCGCCGCCACGCCGAGCGCUGGACGUCGCCUCCACUGCCGGCGUCCUUCCUCGCCGUCGAUUGCAGCGCCGCCAGUCGCUGCUCAUCGCCGUCGAGCUGCCGCUCCGCCACUGUCGCCGGCGUCCGUCACCAAUGAGACAAGAAUCGACCCACGGUCAGUACGUUGCGGAGCCGGAGCACGUGAGCGUGCACACGGUGAACACUGAGGGUUCGAGUUUCACGCCUCCAGGUGACGGAGGGCAACAGCAGAAUCAACCUGAGCCGGCGGGACAGCCACCAGCUUUACCACCGCCAGUCGUACCACCUCCAGUGAUGCCACCGUUGGCGAUACCGCCGGUGGCCUACGAGCAGAUGUUCCCGGCCAUGAUGGCCCAUUAUAUGCAGCACAUGGCGCAGCUUAUGCCCAUGUUCCAGCCACCGCCACCACCACAGCCGCAGCCGCGCAUCAUGGACCGGGUACUCAAGAAUUUGAGAGUCCCAGAUGCUGAUCGCUCGGAGUUAGCGUCACAGAUGUUCUGGAAGGGAGCAUAUGAUUGGUGGAAGCGCAUUGACCAGGAUCCACACACGCCCAAGCCUUGGACCUGGGAUCGCUUUGAUCGAGCCUUCACAAAGGAGUACGUCCCCACCGGGUACCGCGAGGAGAGGCGCGAUCAGUUCGUUGCGCUUAAGCAGGAGGGGAUGUCACUGCCUGAACUGAGACAGAAGUUCGACUACCUGUCCCAGUAUGCGACGAGUCUGGUCUCCACUCCGGAGGAUCGUUUGAAUGAGUUCGUCAAGAAGCUACGGCCGGACUUGAGGCCGUUCGCCGCGCUGAUCAUGACGAUAGAUUUUAAUGCGGCGUAUGAUUUGAUUGUGAAGACGGAAAAGAGCUUGGACGAUUUGCAGGCAACCAAGAAGGAGGAUCGAGCGACGAAAGACCCGCGACCCGCGGCCAGCACCGGGCCGAGCGGGAAGAGUUUUGGAUUCGGGGGAAAGAGGUACGAGAAGGGUUCUUCGAGUGCGCCGCCGCCUAAGAGGAAUCCGACUCAUGUGUUGCCGACCAAUGCUGUAACCCUCGACGAGAGUUUGUCUUACGAAGAAGAGCCCGUUAAGAUCUUGGCGCGCGUAAUCAUGCGGUGGAAGAAGCAACCUGGGAGACCGAAGAAUCUAUGCGAACUCAGUACCCUCAUCUCUUUGACGACCAAUGACUCAGGAAAUAUUUUUGUGAUCGCGUCGGUUCAGACGGCUCGCGAAUCGGAGUUAUGGAGCUCAUGUUAUGACCAUUUAAUCAGCGCCGUUCGACCUCCGCCUCCUCGCCGCACCACUGCUGCCUUUCCUUCGCCGGAAGUCCGUCGCCCACUAUCAGGGUCAGCGCCGCCGACGACGGUCUCCAAUCGCCGCUGUCCUUCGCCAGUAGCCGCCGCUCCUCGUCGCCGUCCAAUUGGAGCAGCCAGCCGCCGGCGUCGCCGCUCAUCGCCGGUCGCCCUUCCCCAGCCAAUCGCCGUCGCCGAGCCUCCAGCCGCUGUUUCACCUUCGCCGGAAAUCUGCCAUCAUCGCCGACGAAUUGCAGCGCCGCCACGCCGAGCGCUGGACGUCGCCUCCACUGCCGGCGUCCUUCCUCGCCGUCGAUUGCAGCACCGCCAGUCGCUGCUCAUCGACGUCGAGCUGCCGCUCCGCCACUGUCGCCGGCGUCCGUCACCGUCGCCGCAUCCGGCCGCUGCCCCGAGUUGAUAUCGCCGGCAGAUUAACCUCCACGCCGGAUUGAUCGGUCGAUUUCGCAUUUUGACUCAAUUUGACCCGUUCGUUUGAUUUCGUCGAUUUGUCUUCCGUUCGAGCUAUCGAUUCGAUUUCGGCGAAAUCCAGGUCCGUACUAUGAAGUUAAUAGCAUUUAGAAUAGAUUUAAUGGUUUGGA